AUGAUUACAUGUCCAUCAAUUUUGACAUUUCUCAAGUCACCUUUAGAUACCACAUCUGAUUUGACUCUCGUUGGUGAAGACGACAUGCAAACUCAUUUGGUUUCCACUUUUCCUCGAACAGCUAUUUAUGUGAUAGAUAAUCUUAUUGAUCUUAUAAUGUAUCCUAAUGAAGAGACGAGACCAAAUAAACUUAUCGAAACAAUACAACAAGGAAAGAGACUGGAUCAUCCUAAUUCCGUUAUGAUGCCAACCGCGUUAGGAUCACCUUUGUUUCUCCUCAUACGGGCAAGGAAGGUGGCAAGUGUACUUUCGCUUUCCAAUCAAAUUGCAUCACGCUCAAGCAUACAACAUUUAAAAGCUACCUUAAGCCUCAUAUCCUCAUUAUUAAAUGAAUAUAAAGAACUACCAGCAUACGAAGCGUUAUUUAUGGAGCUGGACUCUAAUAUAAUAAAUGAAUUAGCUUUACUAAUUGAGGAUAGUGAAAAAAUUUGUGCAUUGUCUGAAAUACAAUCAAAUAGUCCAGGGCCCUUAAAACAGAAUAUUUCAACGAAUGUUGCAGAGGUAUAUUCAAGAAUUCAAGAAAAUAAUGAUAGGGUAUUCUAUUCCAUUUCUAGAGCUCAAGCUGACUACGAUAAAUAUUUGGAAACCAUUAGUGGAUGUGAUGACCCUCUUCCAAUGGACUUCGACACAUUUUAUGACAGAAGACAAGAAAUACUAUCUAUAUCGACUAGGAAUAUUUUCUGA